AUGUAUUUUUCUUCUAUCUGUAAAUUUUUACCAAUAUCUGAAAAAGAAAAGAUAUAUUUAAAUAUUGUAAAAAAACGAUUCUGUAAAUCAUAUAUAUAUAAUAAUAAUAAUAAUAAUAUUAAUUAUAAUAAGAAGGGUUUAAAAAAUUAUUCUUUUAGUAAUAAUAAAUUAGAAAAAAAUAUAAAUUUCAUAAAUAUUAAUAAUAAUAAGAAGGGAAUAAAUUUUCAUAGUAUAAAUAAAGAAAUAAAAAUGGCAAGCGCAGUACCACAAGUUGUUUCCUUAGAUCCUACAAGUAUUCCAAUUGAAUAUAAUACUCCUAUACAUGAUAUAAAAGUUGAAGUUCAUGAAUUAAAAGGAGGUUGUAAUGUUGACGAGGGAUUAACUGUAUUUUUAGUUAAUAAUCCUGGUAAAGAAAAUGGUCCAGUUAAAAUAAACUCAAAAGUUAAUGAUAAAAAUGUGAGCGAAUUUUUAAAAGAUGAAAAUAUGGAAAAAUUUAAUGUUAAAUUAGGAACAUCAAAACAUUUUUUUAUGUUUAAUGAUAAGAAAACUUCCGUUGCUGUUGGUUAUGUUGGAUGUGGAUCAGUUGCAGAUUUAACUGAAGCUGAUGUUAAAAGAGUAGUAUUAUCAUUAGUUUCUAUGUUACAUGAUAAUAAACUUCCAAAAUUGACUGUUGUUUUUGAAAUUAAUGUUGAUAAGAAUUUAUUUCGUUUUUUCUUAGAAACAUUAUUCUAUGAAUAUAUGACUGAUGAAAGAUUCAAAUCUACAGAUAAAAAUCUUAAUAUGGAAUAUAUAAAACAUUUAGGUGUAUAUAUAAACAAUGCUGAUACAUUUAAUGGAGAAGUUGAAAAAGCUCUUGUUUAUUAUUUUGGUACUUAUUAUGCAUCUCAACUAAUUGCUGCACCAUCCAACUAUUGUAAUCCUGUAUCUUUAUCUAAUGCAGCUGUUGAGCUAGCCCAAAAAUUAAAUUUAGAAUAUAAAAUCCUAGGAGUAAAAGAACUUGAAGAAUUAAAAAUGGGAGCUUAUUUAUCUGUAGGUAAAGGUAGUAUGUAUCCAAACAAAUUUAUUCAUUUAACAUAUAAAAGCAAAGGAGAUGUCAAAAAAAAAGUUGCAUUAGUAGGAAAAGGUAUAACAUUUGAUUCAGGAGGAUAUAACUUAAAAGCUGCUCCAGGAUCUAUGAUAGAUUUAAUGAAAUUUGAUAUGAGUGGAUGUGCAGCUGUUUUAGGUUGUGCUUAUUGUGUAGGUACACUCAAACCAGAAAAUGUAGAAAUACAUUUUCUAAGUGCUGUUUGUGAAAAUAUGGUUUCUAAAAAUUCCUAUCGUCCAGGUGAUAUUAUAACAGCAUCAAAUGGAAAAACUAUAGAAGUUGGUAAUACAGAUGCUGAAGGAAGAUUAACAUUAGCUGAUGCUUUAGUAUAUGCUGAAAAAUUAGGUGUUGAUUAUAUUGUAGAUAUAGCUACAUUAACAGGUGCUAUGUUAUACUCAUUAGGUACAAGCUAUGCUGGUGUUUUUGGUAAUAAUGAAGAACUUAUCAAUAAAUUAUUAAACUCUUCAAAAACUUCAAACGAACCAGUCUGGUGGUUACCAAUUAUUAAUGAAUACAGAGCAACAUUAAAUUCAAAAUAUGCUGAUAUUAAUAAUAUCUCAUCAAGUGUUAAAGCUUCAUCAAUUGUAGCCUCAUUAUUUUUAAAAGAAUUUAUUCAAAAUACUGCUUGGGCACAUAUUGAUAUUGCUGGCGUCUCAUGGAAUUUCAAAGCUAGAAAACCAAAAGGUUUUGGUGUCCGUUUAUUGACAGAAUUUGUUCUCAAUGACGCCCUCUAA